AACAUAUUCUGGACCAUUUGCCACGACUAAUUAAUGGCUUUGAAUAACAACGAUUCAAUAUCGUAAUACAAAUAAUUACUUAAACCACACUAUACUUGAAACGGAACGUAUUUGCACAUACGUCAAACGGAGGCGAGAGGACCGAGGCGGAGGGUACGAGCGAGGCCACGACGUCACUUGCCCACGUCACUCUGCAGCGCACCCGGCCUCGUACAAUCUCAUUCAGUUAGCCAGUGAUAAACGCGCUCUGACGACGUCUCGUCCGACAUGCUGCGCGCUUGACUUGCCGCCGAAAACCUACAGCUGCCUAAUGCAUCUUUGCCUGUCACCAAUAAAUCACAAAUGUCAGCCGUCACCGCACGAGGAGCGGCGGUUUUAUCACAUCUUAGAAAAUGACUGAAGGUCCUCCAUAUCGACAUGAGAAGCCGGUGAGUGCUCGCAUAAUAAUAUCGCGUGCCGUCCGACCGACCGUCCCAGUGACGAGCGUGACUAAAAAAGUUGUGAACGCAUGUUUGGGUACUACAUGUGAUCGACCGACGUUCCUCAGCGGAUGUGUGUACGCAUAUGGCUUGAGGUGGGCCACGCUUGCGAGCCGCGGCGUUCGGUGACGGGUCGCGCGCUGGCGCUGGACUGGCGCGUGUGGGUGCGCGGCGCGCGCGGCGACAUCAGCGCCUUCGUACACAAAGUUGUGUUUAAAUUGCACCCGCCGAGUGCGUUCGUGUAUCCCAAACGAGUUCUUCAAGAACCACCGUAUGAAAUUCAAGAGUCGGGCUGCGCGUCCAUCAAUAUACCAAUCCAAGUUUACCUGAAGUUUACGAAGAAACCAAAGAAAAUCUGUCUCAGAUACAGUCUCCACAUCGAAAACAAUAACAAGGCAAGUUCGGAAACGAGGUCCGUUUACUACGAUUUUGAGAAUCCCUCGGAAACCUUGUGCAGCGCCUUGAUGAAGGGUGGAGGUGAAAUAAUCGGCAGAACCGGCGCUGUGGAUAACUCGAACAAAUUAGUCGUACUCUUCUCUGAUGGUCGGUCUAAGGAUCAGAAAGCGAUGAAAGUGAAACGUUACAAGUUCAUUGAGCCGGUGCGUUGCAAACACGGAACUAAAAACGCACCAAAGUCAUGCAUACUCGAUGAGAUUUGCUCUAAAUGCGGCGAACCGAUAAACGCCGACUUCAGAAAACAAUUACACGCAGUGGCCAUGACCGAGGAUGAGAUAAACCGCGUGUCGCAAUUAUACAUAUCGUAUAACAGUUACGAGAAAUCAGUGAACGCGUUAAUACUGCCACCGCUCUCGGAUCCCAUAUACAGGGUUCCGGAACUGCCGACGUCGCUUCGUGGCGCGCUGACUAGUGUGGAAGCGGACUACGCGAUGCAAUAAAGUGCCUUUCAUUUGGUCGUUUUUGAAAAUAUAGACCCAUGAAACGGGCUGCGUUUUUGGACAGCGACUUUAUUUGGUAAAUGGGUUGUUGAUCGUAUUAAAGUAUCGUUUCCACGUAGGAGUUAGGGUUGCCUUAUAAUUUAAAAAAAAAAGAUAUAUUUUUAAUUGUUGCUUAGUUUUAUGUUUUUGCAUAUUCGGGAGUUAAGUAAGUGUUUUAGAAGGAAUUUUUUUAUUAUGCUGCAAGGAUUACAAGGCUCAAUAGCAAACGGGGGCAAUAGUGCGGCUUUUUGUGUAGGUUAAACUUUUGCGGGUUCGUCUUGACCACCCAGUUAGAAUUCUUUCUACCGCCAGACAGUAAUAAUAAAGUACAUACUACUGUUUGGCAUUUUCUGGUUUUUAAAUAUUGAGCAAGUGAGUAUAAUUACGUGCACAAGGGACAUAAUGUCACUAUCCCGUAGUUUUCGGUACAUUAUCUCACAGUGCCAGUGUCUAGGGUCAAUUUUAAAAUAGCGACGACAUCCUCAUUAAAAAAAAAUACUUAACGAAAAUCUGAUCUUCGAAAAUAGUGCAGGUUAAGUAAUCGUAUAUCGCGCCGUUUAUUAUAUUUAUAAAAUUAUUUGGAUACUAAAAUGUGCCAUGAGACUGUUAUCUGUUCAUAUAACAUGUAUCAUACGAUGUUAUUUUAAUUAUAAUUUAUUUUACAUCAUAAAGUAAUGUUAGUAAAUAAUUGAGAAUAUUUUUAUACAACAUAUUUUAUUAUAUUUAUAAAAAUUGUUUUUAAAUACAACUAAUUGAUUAUUAGAGAGAUAUAAAAUAUUUAAAUCGUUAUAAAAUGACUUAAAUAAAUGUGCUGUGAACAAGAUCUCAAAUGUCAAUGUUGUCAUAAAAUAAAUAGGUUUAUUAGAACUAAGAUUAUAGUGAUAUAUUUCUAUUGUUACUAUAAAUUAAUAUUUAUAUUAAUUAUGUAAUUUGUGACUAAACGUACCUAUUGCAUGUUCAGAUGUUAUCAACAGAGCUUUUAAUUUUUUUUUUUUUUCUAAAAUGUUUAACUAUUUAUUUACUCUCCAUUAUUAAAAAAUCAAUUUUACUUAACUAUGAACGAAAUGCUAUAGAAAUAUUAAUUUAACGAAAGAUACUCAAAUAUAAUACUAUAAGUUAAAGAACUUUAAAUGUAUUAUCGGUACAUACAUUGUUUCAGAAUCGAAACUACGAAAUAUAAAAAAGUUUGAUUGAAAUAUGUAUAAUGUUACCACUUAAAUAUUUAAAAAAUGUUUUCACACAAGGUGCUUAAAUUAUU